CUGCACCGAGCAACGAACUUUUCCACAAAAAACUAAUUUGUGCGAUCCUCAUAUUGUACACAUGUAUUUUUUUGGAAGCUGAGACCACCCAAAACAGUGCCAUUUUUAGCCAUUUACUGCUGACGUCUACAGAGGCUUCAAAUAGCUUCCGUUUCACUCUGGUAGUGAUUGGACAGUCCUGUGCCGUGCAGUGAGCUAACGAGCUGGCUGUGGAGCACAAGCCCGACACUCUUCAUUUCAAUGGAGGAAAAGCCCAGAGAUCGGGCACAAGACAGGCAACACCACCACCACAACGCAGAGGACAGGACCUCCAUCCAGCGCACGGCUUGUCUGAAACAUGAUCAGAGCCAGUUCCAGUGCCAGCAUCAGGAAACGCAGACGAAGAAAACAGGCAAUAACAAUGUAAACAUCAAUGACGAGGAAGGGGAGAAGAAUCCACACCUGCCCUACACUGUUGGUAUGUCCAAUCCCUCCAGCAGUGAUGGUAAUAGACACAUAAGUAAUCCAAAUGUGAAGCAGAAAGGGCAACAGAAGCACUAUACCUCUGUUCAGAAAGUGAGCAGCAAAUAUUUGGACCAUAAGAAGAAUAUGGACUUGAAAAAUGACAAGAAGGCCCUGGAUUUGAGUCAUUAUGAUAUUCAACCUUUGGAUAAGAAAGACUCUGCUUUACUUCAGAAUGGGCUUGUGACAAACUGUGGCUUCAUUACAAAUGGCUACUCUAGCAAGGACAAUGAUGGCAGCGGCUCCGAGGGUGGAUAUACUACUCCGAAGAAGCGCAAGACCCGAUGCAACAACACCAAGAGCGCUGAUCAUGUGACGAAGGAAAAAGAGAGAGACAUGCAGCCCCGCAACACUACAAAGGAGCUGGGUGCUUUGAAUGUCGAGACGCCUGAGAAAGAAAUGGCGUCCAGACUCGACGGCUUCAGAUCAGGUUAUAAAGUAGAAUCUCAUGCGACGGCUAAACGGGCUGUCGCAUCAGAUCCUUCAGUAGCCGAAUCUCAGAGGAAAAACUCUGAAGGUAAAGCAGCUGGCACCUUUGGUAAGAAAACAGAGGAAAAGCACAAGGGCAAGCUUUCCUCACCUUCAAAAGAGGACUCGUGGACUUUGUUCAAGCCCCCUCCUGUAUUUCCUGUGGACAAUAGCAGUGCUAAAAUUGUUCCCAAGAUCAGUUAUGCAAGCAAAGUAAAAGAGAACCUCAAUAAAGUAGCUCAAGGCGGAGGAGAGGCAGCGCCUCCUCCCGUGAGACUGUCCCAGGUCCCCAUGUCUGCUAUGAAAACUAUCACCUCAGCCAGCUUUACUAACGGUCCUGUUUCUGGCAAUGGGAACGGCUGCCCAUCUGUGGGUACCUUCUUUGCUCCUGCUGCUAGUUGUAUUCAAUCAGCCCCAUUUAUCCCAAGUGGCCAGAAUGUAGCAUCUUUGGAAAGUAACUGUAGCUCUACAACAAGUCCUGUAGACGGAGAAGCAAGUGAGCUCAGAAAGUGUACUGUUUUAAUCUACCCUUUAAAUAUGCAACCUGUGCUCCCGAGCGCUCGUCACCUCGACCCGCCGGCCGCUCAGACAAAUCAGAAAGCCCUGGGAGACAUCUUCCAGAAUCAGUGGGGGCUCUCCUUCAUCAACGAGCCCAACCUGGGCCUUGAAGGAGGAAACGGGUUUGUGCCUGCUGAGGACCAGACUUCUGUGACUUCUCAUAAUGAGAGUCAGGCUGUUGCAGCCAAGGUUGCCCAGCCCCUCUUUGACAUUAGCCCAUCAUUUAUAGAAGCAGCUGAAGCUUUUUCUCAAGAAGAAGCGAAAAGGACUUGUGCCCCCUGCCAAGUAUCCAGUGUUUGUUCUCCUGCUUGCACAAUGAGCGAGGAAGAGACCAAACUGCAGCCAAGGGUCCAGGAAAAGACAAAAGUCGAGUUGAAGGGCAUGGGUUCUUCUGUGCUGGCCCAAAGUAAAGGCAACGGUUCUAAGCCUGCAGUGGGCCAGCAGACCACUGUGUUGUUUGGCUCCUCUAAAGAACAGAUCCACCUUAAAGACGUUGGCAGGAGGUCCAGCUGGGGUUCCUUUGACCUUAAAGCUGCUGUCACCUUUCACACUAAAGAAAUGGAAUCAAUUUUCAACUUGCAAAAACAAGAUCCAAAAAGAGUAGUGAUUUAUGAUGAGACCAAGGAUGGACCUGAUAAGUGAGGUAGAUCAUCUCCAGUGCUUACUGUCUUCUCCUCUGGGUGCUGCAGGCGUCUACCUUGGGAAAAAAUAAAAAAACAAAUCCUGUCUGAUAAAGUGACAACUGUGAAAACACUGAUAGCUAAGCAUGAUUCUCCUUGGAAACUCGGGUUUAUUAAGACUUUUUUGUUUUGGUUUGUUUUGCUUUGGGAGCGCACCAGACGGACAUACACAGAUACACUCUGGAUGGAUGUUAAAAGGAGUUGAUCGGUGCCUCUCUAAUACGAUGAAUGGACCUUAACGACUUCUAGCUGUGGUAGUCCUCGUCUCAUGGCUUUUAAGGGAUAAUGUUCAGGAGUUCAAGCACGCAAGGAAGGUGUCUUGGACUGCACCUCCUUAAGCCUUUAUCCUGUCGAACUGUGGCAGCCGUCGGACCGGCUAUGGGAUGCCUCCUUCAUUUUCUUUCUUCACUCAUUCAAACGAGUUCACUGUAGAUACGUUGGACGUUAUACUUACAGAUCUGUGCGCAAGCUUGAAUUAGUGGUGAAUGAAAGGAGACGACCCUUAAAAAAAUGCCUAAGUUGUAGAGUAAAGGUGUUUCAAAUCCUGUUACAGUGGCAGUGGAAACUUGCGAGGCUUCAUCUGGGAAGGGAGAACCUUGUCUUAAAUCAUAUAGAGAAAACUACUUGGAGCCCUGAAAUUUCAUAUGUAUUGCAGUUGUUUUAUGCCAUUUCAGCUGAACUAACACGAGUAUUAACUGCAUUGCUGUAAGACCCCACUGCUAAGGUACGGAAGUGCCGAAUUUGAAGGAAAACCACGCCCCCUUUACAUCAUUUGUUUAGUAGGUGUGCUAAAGAUUUUAACAUCGGUUCUCUGUUAAUUUUUCUGUCUCUACAUUUCACUCAGAUGAUCAGAAGAUAGAUUCACACACACAUUCACACACUCAGGAUAUUUGUACGAACUGUUUCUGUUCAGUUCGUCAUUAAAGGAAGAUUUUAUUUUA